ACUGCGUGUAUGGAUCUGUGAACGACUCGCGUGUACGUCUUGAACUGAAUCCAUCCAUCACAUCACAUCAGUGUAUCCGAAUGGUCCGUCCAUCAUGCAAGAAGGAAACGAGAUAUCAAUACGCAAACAGACCACCACCAGCGUCUCAGUCCACUGCACAUCGCGCGCCUGUGGAUGGUCACCAGCUACCCUGAAGCUACCACACAGACAGCUGCAGUAGAGAUGGCAACAUGGACACAGUGGAGCUUGCUGCGUACGUACCUUCGGGCAUGGAUGGAAUGGUGACACGGAUGAAGGCUGGAUGGUCCGGACGGAGAGAGGCGGGCAGCAGCGCGGUCUCCAGCAACUGCACCAGCCACUCGCGGACGCGGGUCGCCCCGCGUUUCAGCCGAUAUUGCGGGUCUGGAUUGAUCAGCUCGAAGAGGAUCGUCUUGGCCGCCUCGCGCAUGGACUGGUCCCUGAUGAGGGUCUCGAUGUCAGGCUCGGGAGGGUCGGUCUUCUUGGGCAUGACCGCGAUGCUGAAGUACUGGCGAAGCAUCUCGACGUAGGCGGCAACCUUCUCGGGUCCGCCGUCAGUGCACAGCCGGACAGCCUCGAAGGACUGCUUCUCGGCCUCGAGUGCAGAGACGAUCGUCUCAGGAAUCGUCAGCUCCUCCGGCAGCCGCGCGAUGCGACGAACGACUAGACCCCUGCCCACCAACGCCGCCGCCCCCUGCCCGCCAAACCAGCACCGUUCGCCCUCGUCGGGCACCACCUUGAUCGUCUGGCCGAUGGUGCCCUCUCUCUCGCUCUUGCGAUACACGUGUAUCAGGUACAGGUGUAGCAGAUCGACGUCGAUGUUCCACUUGACUAAUGCCGAGCCAUCGCGCCAGAGAGGCUUGCCCGUCAGAAAACUCAAGCUAUACAGGGCUGACGACCAGUGAUCAGACGCUUGAUCAGGUCCGUCCAUCCCAAGAUCGUGCCGCACCAACUCCCGCAGACAGCUGUGGUGCUGAGGAUCGUGCACAGAAGCGAUGGGUUCCAGCUGCCGCAGGUACUCUCGUGCACGCUGAUCCUCCACGAAAGACUCCCACUGGCCGUUCACACGCUUCACCUUCUCCAUCAGCUUGGCGAUGAAUUGAUGGUCCGGCGCCAUUGAGUAGGCCCUGCCCUGAGGAUCGAAGUUGGUCCUCUGCUGCAUGCCGGUGCAGUCGAUGCGUGUGAGGGAUAAGACGAAGAGCUUGGUCUUAUCAUCUUCAUCGUCCUCGCUGACUGCGUUGACCCAGCCUGUCGGCUCUGAGUCGGCGGCAGAUGCGGAGGGGCCAGUGGGAGAGGGAUCCGCGGGCUCUGGAGAGAAUGGCGAUGUCAGCUCCCUCCGAACCACCUGUCGGAGCUGGUUGCCGAGCCAGCCGCACAAACGGGCCACAAACGACUCACCGGGCUGAGCGACAAAGCCACGCAUGUGUGGGACGCCCGCUGGCUGCGUGUCUUUCUUCCCUCUCUCUCUUACCGCAUCUUCUCGGCCCGAAUGAAGACAAGAAUACUGGAAGGUGAAGGGAAAGCUGCAGGCCUGAAUGGAAAUGAGGAUACUGGAAACGAACAGCAACAUACGCGAUUGAGUGAGGUGAUAUCGUGUGCUUUCUGUCCUGUUUGUUGUGUUGCUCACUUUGGGCCGUUGUCAUCGGACGAAUAAUACAGCCCCAGGCGCUGUUUGAGCUUAUCGUAGAGGUCCUCGAUCCUCUGCCCGGGCCCAGUAUGCUGAUGCAGAAAGUCCCACAGGUCCUUCUCGGGCGGCACCCUCGCCGCAUGCAUGACCGCUGCCUUGUCCAUGGCGUCGAGGACGCCGUAGAUCUCAGCGAAGUCCCGCGCCUCCUUCGGCACGCCAAGCGCAUCCAUGCACUCCUCCACCUCGUGACGGCUGCUGGCAUCCAGAUGUCUGCCCGUCUCCUCUCUCAGCUGCUGCAGCUUGACGACUUGCUGCUGUGACAAAGUGCCGGGCAAGGCGGCAUUGUGCGCAUACUCGACGGCGGAUGACGGGCCGUCAGGUAAGAACUUGACGCGCGAUGAUGCCAGUUGUCGGAAGAGUGGGUUGGGAGAAAAGCCGCCAUCGGCCGUCGGUAUGUCAAUGCUGGCCGCUUGAUGCAUCCGGAAGGGUGCGUAGGGAGCGCCUCCAUGACGGGCCGGCAGCUGAAAGACCUUGAAGUGGCGAUCAGACGUCAUCCUUCGGUCCUCUGCGCAGUCCCGACAGGCACCAAGGGCCAGCGCAAAGGCUCUGAAGGCACAGCAGCAGGGACGACCCACCAAAAGGAGUGCACACACCACGCGCCUUUGCAUCGCGACUGACCUUCAAUGAGCGAUGCAGGAUGCAGCGAUGCCCGAAUGCGAUUCGUUCUUCCAAGGAGCGAGUGCAACUGAAGCAGGAACAUGGUGUUCGUUUGUGACCCUCUUCGUCCUUCAGUACUGCUCUUUCCUGACCUGUGUAUGCUAGAUCUCGCAGACCAUCUCGCCUGUGCCGCUACACCCGUACCCCCGCUUCGCCUGACGGAGAGAAAAUUGAAGCAAUCGAGA